UUCGCAGUCCAAAUUCCACAUUAGAGCGAGUUAGCUUUUUCUGUUGUUGAAGAGAAUUUGUAAUGUGUUUGGAAAGCUGCUGCACUCUCAAGUUCUCCUCGACUUUCUUUUUUUUUUGUCAGGAAUCUACGUGGACUGGAGGAAGGUCCCACUGAGUCACCGUCACACACUCCUGCACCCGGCUGGGCAGGAUCAAGGUGUGUGUGUGUGGGAGAGUGUGUGUGUGUGUGUGUGUGUGCGUGUGUGUGUGUGUGUGUGUGUGUGUGAGUGAGAGAGAGUGUGUGUGUGAGAGACUACAGGGUGAUGAGCAGGUGAGACGCAGACAGAAAGACGAAGAUGUUGAUCACCUGACAAGAAGAAGACAAAAAGGAGGGAAAGAAAGCUUAAUUAUGACGGGACACACUCUCGUCUGAUAUUCUUCUUUGCCAACAAGGUCCUGUGUCCUCGCCGUCGCCAUGGCCGACCCCAGCUGGUGGAAGCUGACCUUCUCCCGCAAGAAGAAGUCCGAGGCCAAGGUCCUGUACGAGAUCCCGGCCGAGUACGGCAGCAACACCAAGGCGGAGCCGGGCGGCGGUCCCGUCGCUCCCGAGGCGCCCGACGGCCAGUUCAGCGCCAGGCUGGAGAAGAUGGUGGACAAGUCGGCCGCCAGGGGGCGCCACGUCAAGGUGUCCCACUCGGGUCGCUUCAAGGAGAAGAAUAGGGUCCGGGCCACGCUGGCCGAGAACCCGGACCUGUUUGCCGAGCAGAACCUGGCCGAGCAGAACCACAAGACGACGGACAAGUAGCGAGGCAAUGAGACGCCGGCGUCAAGAUGCGUUGGGGGUUUAAAAAGGUGCACGCCGGCACCGCGGUGCACUGGACCGGCGCCACAGCCAAUUAUUGAUCCUCCAUGUUGUCAUCAGACUUUUUAUUAUCCAAAUCAAAUCCAGAAGCACCAAAAUUCCAUGUAGUACAUAUAAGACAUGAAAAAUA